AUUGCGUGUAAAAAGCGAGGUUGCUUUAUUUUGAUUGAAUUAUAUAUUUCUUUUAGUUUUCGACAUCAUAAUAUUAUUAUUAUAUUUUUUUUAUAACUAUUUAAAUUUCGUGAUGAGUAAUGAAUAGCAGAUUAUUUAUAUUGAGUUGAUUUACUACUUUAAUCUGAUUCAACACCGGCGAAUUUCAAAACCACGCUCGGAGAAGCUCACUCGACAACAACUUUUAAGCUGUUGCUAGAACAUUGCAAACCCUGCACUAGAUACCCACGUACUGCGUAAAGCACAUACUAAUAAUGGCACCAAUCUGUUCAUAUUAUAAUUGUAGUAAUGUAUGUGGUCAACAACCAUUAUUCAGAUUUCCAACCUCAGAUCCGAAGCGUCUCCAAGUUUGGCUAAAUAAUUGUGCUAAUCCAAGCCUUAGGAAUCUGAAACCAAGUAUGUUAAGAAAUAAAAGAGUGUGCAUUGUUCAUUUCGAUAAGAAAUUCAUCCGUAAUGAAAAUGGCAAAAGAUAUAGAAUAUCGAGAUUGGCUAUUCCUGAAUCUUAUGAUGAAUACUUAAAGCGCACAUUGCAUACGCCUAUUGUAUCUACAGUGCAAGCUCAAGUUUCACCUGAAAACAAGGGAAUGCCAAGAGUACGGGUUUAUCCUGGACCUAGAAAUAAAGAUGCAAAGAGGGAACAAAAAGAAUGUAGUCAGACUGAUACAAAAAUUGACCCUCUGUGCUGGAUUCAGAAUAAUAUGGAAACAGUGAAGACUGAAUGUAUAGAUCCACUGAUGAUUCCAACACAAGACCAGAACACAAGUCACAAUGGUCUGGAUAAAUCAAACCGUGGAGAAGUUGAAGAAGUAUCCAAUCAGCAGUCAACUCCACAAAAACGGUUCAAACAAAACUUCGAUUCACCACAGUGUAAAAAAUUGAAGUUGACAUUAAGAAAUUCAAAUGAAAUUAUAAGACGCCUUAGAUCUAAAAAUGCAAGAUUAAUAAAAAGAAUUAAUAAUAAACAAUUAAUUGAUUUGAAUAAAGUAGCAUUUAAAAGUGAUUUUGCAAAAGUAUUGACUAUGAUGCAAAUAAAAAAUAAAAGACAUCUUUGGACUGAAGCAGAAAAAAAAGUUAGCUUAUUUCUGUAUAAUAAAUCUCCUGCUUGUUAUAAAUAUUUGUUAAAAAAUGGGGUUGUGCUUCCUAGUAAAUCUGCCAUCCAUAACUGGUUGCAAUCAAACAGGUUGCCAAUUUGAGAAAAUUAUUUAAUAGUAAGAUAUGACUGCCUCAACAGUGGACUUGUUGAUCAUCACAUCAUCAUCUUUUGCAUCAUGUGAUAAUAUUGCAUAUCAAUACUAUUAUUAUAAAGAGGUAAGAGUUUGUGAGUUUGUAUGUUUGAGGCGGGUAAUCUCCGAAACUACUGACCAGAUUUCAAAUAUUCUUUCACCAUUAGAAAGGUACAUUAUCCAAGAUUGCUAAAGUUAUAUUUCAUUUCAAAAUUCCCAAGCGAAGCCCCGGGCAACAUCUAGUACCUAAUAUAUAAUGUGAUAAUAUUAUAUAAUAUAUGCAAUUUUUUUAAUGAGGCAUUGUUUAUUGGACUAUAAUCUAGAUUACUAAUGUAUUCCGCUGCAGUAUUUGGUAAUGUUAAUUACAUUGUAUAAACCUGAAAAUAUUUUGGUGACGCGUAAAUACUUAGUGCUCAUAAAAAAAUCCUACAAUUAUAUCUAAGAUAAUUUAUGUAAGGAGCCUUAUAAAAGAUUUAAUAAAGACACUAAAUUAUGAUUGUA